UCAAUAUAAUUUUAUUCGAGCUAAAAUAGUUGGAGUUAACAUAGAAAUAUUAUACCCUUGAAGUUUUAUUAGUGAAGUAGCUAUUGUUUAAUUUUUGCAUAGGAUAUUGAGAAUUACGUCUUUCGGAAGGUAUGUGUACUAGUCCUGGAUAAUGAUGUGUAAAGCUUUAUUUGAAGGAUGAUCUUUCUUUACGGCGUAAUGUAAAUACAUCGUGCUGAGAUAAUGUCACUGUUAGAAAAGACUUUGACGUCAUUAUAAGGUUUUAUGUAUACGGAAAUAGAAAUCGUUUCCACAUGACUUGAAAAAACUUCAAGACCUCUAAUCAAAAAUUUCAAAAGUCAAUAAUUGGUAAUUUUCUUUUUAGUAUUAUCGAGUGAAAUUUCAAUUCGAACUAUCAAUGAAACGUAUAGUAAACCCAAUAAAAUCUAAAAAUUUGUGUUGUAUUUAUCGUUUUAAAACAGUUUUUAAGCGAUUUUCGACUGGCGGAAGCGAAACUAAAUUGAGUAAACACGAAAAUUAGUUAUAAAAUAAUUUGCAUAGUGUGUUUUGACAUCGCGACUGUUCGAAGUAUUGAUUUGAGAAGCAGAGUCUGGCAAAUAGUAUCUUCGAAAUACGGUAGCGUACAAAAUAAUUGCCUUCGGACGAUCUUAUCUCGUACCUUCCGUCAAUUUUUUCGUUAAAUCUAAAUUAUUGGAGACCGCUCCAUGACAUAAUUAGAGUCGAGAUGCAAUAAGAGCUCAAUAAUGGGUAUUUUAGAUGAAUUAUUAUAAUUAAGAGGUAAAAAAGUAUACUUACACAAAAUGCUAGAGAAUAAAAAUGGAAAUUUAUCCUCCUUACGACAUAAAAUUUCAUCAAUCGAUUAUAAUUAUCCAGAAUUGAUAUAAAAAUGGAGUAUAUAUACUAUCGGCUUAAUUACACGAAGAUAAAUUGAGUUAAAAUUUAAUUCGAAGAUAGUCCAAACCUUUUAUCCGUUCCUGUGUUUCUUUAAACGAAUCUAACUCGGCAGUUGCACAGCCAGAUAUCGAUUUUUGACGUGGUUCCCUUAAUAGUGUGCCUAUAGCUCCUCUAUUACUAGUACUACUACUUAUUCUACUACUACUGCUGCUACUACUACUACGACAACAACAACUACUACUGGUAUCAUUUAAGAAAUGUUUAAAAUAUGCGGCUUAGAUAUUUGGAUAGGUGACCUUAUGAAUUUGGUGAGGUAAAUGACGGUUGUUGAAUUGGACACGCUAGAUUUAACGCUUUCCGCCAACUGUUUAUUCUCUUUAAACAUCAGAAAUUGUUGGAAAAUAGUGGGAGGGGGCGCAUGCGCCGAAUAUUCGAUAUUCCGACGACAAAACUAGCCUUAAACCAUUACCUUUACCGUUUCCUUUCUUCUGGAUUUCUGCCUCUAGUUGGAUCUCACUCGGAACAUGACACCAAUCAGCGAUGAUCUCGCAGCGGAACGGUAUCUUUUGAUAGAACAGGCGAAAUCAUACCAGAAGCAAUUGUCCCACGGGUGGGACUAGUAGCAGUCUGAUAUUAAAUAAGAUCCACAUACCGACAGGAUCCGCAGCCAGAGUGCGCUCCAGUCUGUGCAGUCGGCGCUGGCAUGCUCCACUCCACUCUCUCUCUUCUCUGUGUCUAUACUGCAUACAAGCGCGCACACGUUAUAGUUGGUCGUGAGGGAAGGAGCGGCGACGCCGGCCUCCCGAGACUGUCCCCCUCCCCUCCUGUAAAUACAGAGCCAAGUGAGAGUGAAUGCUGGCCAACGAGAUGCAGUGGGCAGCUCUGUCAGCUUGGUCCAACCCGAUGGUGUUAUGGCCUGGCAAUGAUCCUUAUUGUUUUGUGGAAUUCACAGAUCAUCAAGCAGCAGCUGCUGCUCUACUGGCCAUGAAUAAAAGACAAUGUUUAGGCAAAGAAAUGAAGGUAAAUUGGGCUACAUCACCUGGAAAUACACCCAAACAAGACACAAGCAAACACUACCACAUUUUCGUGGGUGAUUUAAGUCCGGAAAUAGAAACACAGCAACUGAAAGACGCCUUCGCACCUUUUGGAGAAAUAUCUGAUUGCAGAGUUGUACGAGACCCACAGACUCUCAAGUCUAAGGGCUAUGGGUUCGUGUCUUUUGUUAAAAAAGCGGACGCUGAAAAUGCAAUAGCCACGAUGAAUGGUCAGUGGCUAGGAAGUCGUGCUAUAAGAACCAAUUGGGCUACAAGAAAACCUCCAGCUAGUCGAUCCCAAAAUGAAACAAAUGCUAAACCACUAACAUUUGAUGAAGUGUAUAAUCAGUCAAGUCCAACAAAUUGUACAGUAUAUUGUGGUGGCAUUACUCAAGGCUUAACAGAGGAAUUAAUGCAAAAAACAUUUACACCUUUUGGCCCGAUUCAAGAAAUUCGUGUUUUUAAGGAUAAAGGAUAUGCAUUUAUAAGGUUUGCUACAAAAGAAGCAGCUACUCAUGCAAUUGUUGGUACUCAUAAUUCAGAAAUUAUGGGUCAAGUUGUAAAAUGUUCUUGGGGUAAAGAAGCUGGAGAUCCUAAUAAUCAGCAACAACAGCAAAAUAUAGCAGCCCAAUACACUUAUCCUUAUCAACAAGUGGGUUACUGGUAUCCUCAGGGUUAUCCCCAAGUCCAAGCUGGUCAAUUCAUGCAAGGCAUGCAAUACCCUUAUGGACAAUAUUAUAAUCAAGGUUUUGGAAUGGGAAUGCAAAUGGCCUGGCAAGGUAUUCCCAACCAGCCUCAAAUGGCUGCAGCAGCUGCAGCAGCCCAGAAUCCAUUAGGACAAGGACUUCAACAACCAGGAAUGAUAGGUGCCUAUCCUAUGCAACAGUAUCAAGCUCAGUAAUAUUGACCCCUUUGAUGGAUAUUGCAUCUUGGUCUCUCCCUUGCCCCAUCGCUCACACUAGGACUUAGCAGGAUUUGUCCCGUUCAGCAUAAAGGCCCAGGCUCAGCGGACAGACUGUUCUCUUUUCUGUUGUUUUUCCAAUGCUCGUCUUAAUGUCCCACCUGUCCACAGAGCUUGGACUUCCACUGGACAUUUUGGACUUUGGGUCAUCAUCUGUGAAGUAAAAACAGACUUCAAAACUGACACACAACAACAAGGAGCAUUGCAAAAGCAGAGAGAGGCAGAGGGUCAUUAUGUGUUUGAAUGUAUGAAUGACUGCGAUGUGCAAAUUGUGUGAAUGUGUUUAUGCAAGAAAAAUACCAAAAAGUUUCUUUCAAUAGAUAAUCAUUUGUGUGUUUUUGUCAGUUUGUAUAAAUUUCCUUCCUCCUUCUCUCAUAUUUAAUUUUGAAUGAAGAAAGAAUGUCAUUGUGAAAUUAGCUGCAGCAGAAUCAAAAAGUAUGGAAAAUAAAAGAAUUAACUCUUCACUUUAUCUUCACCUCUCACCCUCUCUCUGCCACCACCCAUUACCACUAUGUGAAUUAUUGUCAGUCAGCUUAAGAGUUGAGUAAAUUCCAAGUUGCUGUAGAAAUCAAUACAGUAAAGUUUAGCUAUUAUCUAGGGAAGGGAAGUUAAAAUAUUGUUAGUAAAAAAGAAAGAAAAGCAUCAGAUUUUUGAAUUAAAGGAUAUAUGCCAUUGUUAUUAUCAAAGGAUUUGUGAAUAUAUAUUGGGAUAAACAAAGAGAAAUAGAAAAAGUGAAGUGUUUUACUUUUAGACAAAAACUGCACUUAUAUUUCAGAUAUUGCUUAAUUUCUCUAAAUUAUCAAACCAAUGUUAAAACCACAAAUUGGAAUGAUAUUGCCAAAAGAAACUGCAACUGUCAUUGCAUGCAUGACGGAAACUGCUUCAUGAUGCAGGUUCUAAAGUUCUUUCCCCCUCCUUAGGAUAAUAUUUUAUAAUGUUGAGCUUUUAUAGCUAUUCCCAGUCUAGAUUGGCUGCCGUUACUUCAUAGAAGGCACAAAGGGAGGGAGGGAAAACAAAUGGAAAUUAUAAUUAUAAAAAAUUAAUAUUUCCAUAGGUUUCUUUGUAAUGUCAAAUUGACAAAAUUAUAAUAUCCAUCACAACAGAUGUGUAUUUUUGGAAUGACAAUGGAGACACUAUAGGAUAAAGAGUAACUCCCUUCAAACACACUCACUGGUUCUGUGUUUAUGUUAAACACCAUUUUAGUUUACAAAGAAAUUAUAACUGGUUUAAUAAUUUCCUAUUUUCAUAUAUAAACUUACUCAUCAUUCUGAAGCUGUUGGGUCAAAUUUUCUCUUUCUCUUCUUAUUCAACAUAUAAAUAUAUAUGCAUACACUAUGUAUAUAUGAAUGCAUAAAUCUUCUUUAAUGACAAGAAGAUAAAAUUCAGUAUAUUUAAUAAUGUACAAUGUACAAAGAUAGAAGAGUUAGAGAAAUAUGACCUCCUGUAGCUUCUGUACAUCUUGUGUGUUUCUUAGAUGGCUAGUUUCUUUAGUACUUAAGAUAUCGCGUCAUUAUGAAAAAUUGUGGAGGGUAGGGAGUCAUUAAUGCAGUGCAACACUGUCCUUUUCUUUUCAUAAUCGCGUAUUUGCAGAAUAUAUACAUAAAUAUAUAAAAUAUAGACAAAUCGGGAUUUAAAAACAAUCGUGUUGUAGACUUAGGAUUCACUGCCGUCAUUUAGCUUAGAUCAUAUAUUAGCUUUAAGAAGAACACCUAUUUGUCCCAUUCUUAAAAACUGGAAACACACUGGGCUUGUAUAUAUAUAAUAUAUAUGCACCAAAGAACGUAUAGAAUAAAUGCUGAAGAAUAUUUGUCAUAAAUGAGCCUGUGCCAUGUGAUCAUAUUUACACCUCUCCCUACUCCUCAUUGACCCUCCCUCCCAUUAUAGAUCAAGGCAGUUAAAUCUUAUUUCUGCCCAUCCCCAAUCUAAAGAGAGGAAAAUGGAGACAGCAGAGAAAACGGUCUCCAAAUAAAUGUGCGCACACAAAUUUCAAAAAUGGCUCCAAAUUUAAAUAAAGUAAAUAGAUAUAGAUAUUGUAUAUAAUAUAAGCUUUAAUCAUUGAAUUUCCCUUUUCUUGAAAAAACUAAGCAGCUUGUUUCACAUUGUGAGUUUACACAAUCUUCCUUGUUUUGGGUUAAAUUGGUUAUCCCAUGUAUCAGUCUUCUAUUUUCUACAAUUUUUGAUAUCGGCUGUCACCUUGACCACUAGAGUGCAUGUUAUUAUUAACUAUUCUGUCUCCCUUUCUUUAUCUGUUUAUUUAGUCAUAUUUUAUCUGAGACAGAAGACGUGGAUGAGAUAGAAACAAAUAUGAUAUAGAACAAAAUGAAUCGAA